AUGCCCAAAGCCUCAAAACCGAUGGCGACAACUUCAAGGCCAACGACGCGACGGUCAACCCGUAACAGUCAGAAAAGCUCUACCAACGCUGUGGCGGGGAAGAGUGAUGUAUAUGUAGAAAUACCAGAGCGAGCGAGCAAACGACGCAGGGUGGCGGAGGAUGUACCAACCGUUUCAGACACUUCCAGGCCAUGUAACAGUGAAAUGAAGGCCAGCAAGCUUGCCACGAGUGCCACCGCUCUUCGCCGAUCUCAACGCGCAGCACCGGGGGAUGUUGCGAAUCGAGAAGAAGUCCUGACGAGACGAGAACAGGAGCUCAAACAGCGAACGGACGAGAUUGAGAAACGAAUUCGAUGGCUUCAACAGAAGGAAGACCAAGUGGCUUCCAUGGCACAAUGUAUAGAAGAGCGAGAGGCAAAGGCCGCGCUAGCCAUGUUGGAAGAACACUUUACGUGUCCGCUAUGUUACGAAAUUAUGGCGCAUCCGUAUACUCUGAAUCCCGGCCAAUGCGGCCACACGUUUUGCUCUCUGUGUAUCAUCAAAUGGUUCUUCUCUCGUCUCCACAGAGCCUGUGGCGGUUGGCACGAAUCCGUAGAUUGUCCCAUUUGCCGCAGCCUUCUGGUUAUAACGCCUGAGCGCACUCCUCGUCUGGACGUCACUUUCCCGUUUGUCCCCAACCGUACCGCCGAUUCUGUUAUCAAGUCCUUAGUGGAGAAGGUAUCACACAUGGAUCCAUCUGGUUCUGGUUCUGUAAUCAAGACCGAGGAGCGCGAGCUGAGCUGGGGGGCCGCAUCUCAUUCCAAGAAAGCUCAAACGAAGGAAGAAGACGACUCCGACGCGGACUCCGGUAUAUCUGCCUGGAGGCAAGGACUGUCUUACGUUGAGUGGCUUAAACGGGAUAGGCGAGUAUCCCCCGCCGCUUCUGUACUAUACCUUGCUCAUCAUAGUGCGGUUUGCAGAGAAGGAUACAAGGAAAUGAAUUACUUGGCGAGCAACUGGACUACACUCAAAACCGAAUACUUCGUUGAACUGAAACAGAGGCUUGGCGUCUAA